CUGAACAAUUGUGAGUUUAGGCACAGCUGAGUUCUAUUCAUUUACAGUAAUCUUUUUUUCAGUUUUCGAUAAGAAAAUGGUGGCUAAAUCAACGCUGAUCAUUCUUAUAUCUUUGAUUGUCAUCGCAUAUGGAUGGAUCGGAAAAAAUGAAGUGUAUAAACAUCUCUACACUCGCCCGUAUAUUGUUCCAUCUGGUGAACGUGCAUUCCAUUCGAUUUAUACACAUGUUGGAAGGUCAGCUGGACAAAACCUUUAUGGUCCGAUUUAUGUGGCAAUGAUCAAUGGUGAAUUCUACUUUGGUGGACACACUGAGAAUGACAACAUUAAUUUGGGUCAAGCUGUUAUUGUCACCAAUUACUUGGAAACAAUCACUGAUGACAGAUUCUUUUAUCUUCACAAUGAUAUGAUUGAACUCAAAAAGACUGAACUCUCAAAAGAUGAUAAAAAAGGAGAUAUGAAGGAAGCUUGUGAAAAAGCUGUGUAUGCAGUGAUUCCUAAAGCCGAAUUGAAUUAUUCUCCUGAGGAUUUCAUUGUCAAAUUUGGAAAUCGUAUGCCAAUGAUUUAUAAUGGGUAAGUGUAUGAUUAUUUUUCAAAUAUUAAUAUACUUAAAAUCUUCCAGAAAUCAGAAAAAAUGCAUUGGAACAUAUGAUAUCAUGACUGAUAUCUUCACUUGUGCCUACGUCGAUACUAAAAAAGUUUUGAAGGAGCACAAUUUCAUGUGGGAUCCAGAAACUGGAGAAUAUCGUCAAUCGAAUCUUAUUGAAAUCUUGUGUCGCGUUCCAUUCCCUGAUAAGGAAUACGAACAGUAA